CCUCGAUCCUGUGCCGCAACAAUUAAUUCCGAUAUCCAGGGUUGUCGCAUGGAUCCUUCACGACACCCGUUGCCGCUAUUCUUGCUUUGGAGUACGAAGCGAGCUGCCCAGACGGAAGCCAUGUUCUUAAACAAUCUGCAUGAGGCAGCGGCUUGACCUAUGUCGGUGUAGCCAAAAUGUCUGUCAUGCGAGGCGGCGGCGCAGGGCCUCGAAGUGGUCAGCCGAGAUUGGGUGGAUUUUAUGGUGGAGAGGUCAGUGUUUUGAAACUCGCUACAAGGGGUUUAGCGAGGCCAGCAUUGCAUUGUUUAGCGCUCCGUGUUGUUUCAAGACUUCUGUGACAGGCGGCAGCCAGGAUCUCGUUAUUGCAGCGCUUCGAAGUUCGCUCGGGUCCGCAUAUGCCGUAAUGACGUGCACGGUGUUGUAGGUAAACUCGUGGAGUCGCUCCAAGGUGAUGAAUGUAACUCGUGAAGCGUAAAGAGCUCGCGACCAUCUCCAAAAUAACACUAAGGCCUGCUGCAUAUGUUCGAA